CGAGAGUUUCCAUUCAUGAAUUGAUAUAUCAAGACGCGGUCGUACUCCCUCCCUCCCUCUCCUCCGCUCAUUUACCGCCUGUUGCACGUACGACACAAAUACAUCACCACUUAUUGAGAUCGUUCCACCGCAAGCCGUUGAGAGGAGAGGAGAGGAAGUCAGCCCGGUUCGAAAGAGGGCGAGAGCGCAGAUCGGUUUUCGUCUGACCUUCUCCUCUGGAGUUUACGCGACGUCCUUGAAGGCAGACUCGAGAUUUGUCAGAGGUUCAGGAAGCGAUUCAGUGGUGUAGGAUCUGUGAGCGCGACAGCACGGGAAACGGAUGCGAUCAGUUGAUUGACGGAGGGACCUGUUCGAGCGAUUUGGAGAUUCUGCAAUCGAUGCUAACGACUCUGUCACGCUGUUCACGGAUACGAAAACGAGAGGAACCAAGCUGGUGUAGUCGAGAAAGAGACCAGUCUUCUCUAUCCGCACCUUUCCACCGAAAGGACAUAUCCUCUGGCUGUUACUCUUUGCAGCUCACGAGCACCCCAGAAAGAUAUCUCAUCAUGCCUCGCACGGGCGCCACCAACUUCCUCGUUAUCGGUGCCGGCAUCACCGGCCUCAGCACGGCAACUCUACUCCAGAGGCACUUCUCGACUGCCCAAAUCACCAUUGUCGCCGCCGAAACGCCCACUACACCAUCCCCAUCGGUAGACUAUGCCUCAAUGUGGGCAGGUGCCCACUAUCGUCCAAUCCAUCCGCUUUCCACCGACCAACUCAAAGAGGAAUUUAGAAUGGGGGUUCGGACGAGGGAGAUCAUGAAAGGUAUCGCUCGAGACUUUCCAGAUUCGGGAGUGGAAGUUAUGCCUGGGGUCGAGUACCUUGAGAAUCCGCUUCAAGAAAUCUUGAAAAUCAGGACCGGGGACGAAUACGCGGGCCCAAACGAUGAAUUCCGUGUCCUUCCGCAAGAUGAGUUGCCGGAUGGUGCAAAAUGGGGAUGUGAAUACCAAAGCUAUUGCGUCAAUAUUUCGAGAUACUGUCGCUGGUUGACGGAGCGAUUCCUGGCGAACGGCGGGCGGAUUCUUCAACGCCGCCUCUCCAAUGCAACCGAAGCGUUCAGCUUUGCAGAACGCAAUCGACUUGGCGAAAUUUCAGUGGUGGUGAAUUGCUCUGGGAGAAAUUUCGAUCGUGAUCCCAAAAUGAAGAUCAUCCGGGGUCAGACAGUGCUCGUCAGACAACAAUACAGCAAAACUGUUACGCGGCAGAACGCUGAUGGCAGUUGGGCAUUCUUAGUCCCACGACCUCGAGGUGGCGGGACGAUCGUAGGCGGAACGAAGGAGGUUGAUGAUUGGCAUGACACUCCUCGCCCGGAGACGCGGGCAAAAUUACUUCGACAGUCUGUUGAGAUGUUUCCCUACUUCGUCGACUCGAUAGAGAAAUUCGAGGUGGUGCAAGAUAAUGUCGGUCGCAGGCCGUGGCGGGAAGGUGGUUAUCGGAUCGAAACCGAGUCUUUUGGACCCGGCAGAACCGUUGUUCACGGGUAUGGUGCCGGCGGUCGAGGCUAUGAGCUGAGUUGGGGCGCUGCUGAGAGAAUCCUUGAGCUGGUCAAGGAGUCUGUUGGUGCAGGCGCCCGGCUAUGAUGACCAAGGACCUCAUCCACUUCGCUUCAUUUCUUCUUCACAGGCUUCCCUUCGGUCUUUUCCAACUCUUGUAGUCGCG